AUGUCGAUUCACCGAAUCAAUGGUCCCUCGGUUCCAGGGCAAAACCAAACUAUCGACAGCGACCACAACGCAGAGACCAAAGAGCGAGGAAAUGAAGGAGGCGGGGAGCAAGGGCAUGAUCCAGAGGUAGAACCAGGGGAAGUGAACGACCCGUUUAAUUACGAAGAAAAAUACCCCGAGGAUGCACUGAAUGCGAAGGUUUGGAGAACACACGAAGACGAAAGCAGGAUACACGAUGCCAACAUGGUCGAAGAGUCUCGGGAUAAUGUCGAUGUACUGCUCGUACUUACAUACCAGAACUUGCAGGCGGACUGCACUGCCAUCUCUUCUUCCCCACUGAACCCCAAUACCACCUUUGUACCCGCUACCACGGACGUUUGGGUGAACGGACUUUGGUUUGUUAGUCUGUUCCUCAGCCUGACGGCCGCCUUCGUCGCUGUUCUUGCGAAGCAGUGGCUUCACCACGAUGUCGUUCUGCCAUCCGGAACACCGCGCGACCGUAGCUUUACGCGCCAGUUCCGAUAUACUGGCUUUCAAAAAUGGCAUGUCCAAGUCAUCAUAGGACUCCUUCCUGUCCUUAUGCAUCUCGCCCUCGCGAUAUUUCUCAUCGGCUUGGUCAUUUUCCUCCGUCCGCUCCGGGAGGCUCUAUUAUGGAUCAUUUGUGCGGCAACUGCCCUUGUCUAUGCGGCGUAUGCAGCGGCGAUCAUCCUUCCUAUUAUCUUUCCUCAACGCCCUUAUCAUACACCACUCUGUGAUCUUGUCUAUGUUUUCCUUCGCCAUAUCACUCCACAAAUAUCAUGGAAGACAUAUAGCUUCCUUGAUGCCCGGAGACAAAGAGGUUUUAGCGACAUGAUUCGUCGACUUCCGGAUGUGCAAUCAAGGGAUUCCAAAUCGCUGACUAUGGUGCUGUGCAGCAGACGGCAACUAACUUGGCGGCUGAAGCAUUGA